CUCUCCGUAAAGUCGUUUCGCGCUGCAUUCUGGGAAACUAAGGUAGUAUAACUGUCUAUGAAUGUCGCCAGUAGAAGGCAACUUGACGUAUGUGUAGCUAGCAUAGAUACACAUUACGCUUUCCGCACUGGAAACUUUGGUUAACGUUAGUUUUGACGGCAUGUAAAGUGAGCAGGAUAAUCGACUUCCUUGCCUCUUGGACGGACACAAAGCAGAGCAACGAUGGCUGUCGAAAAUGUGAGCGUGGCCUUCAAAUUGUACUGUCUGACGGUGAUGACACUGGUGGCAGCUACAUACACAGUGUCGCUGCGGUACACAAGGACCAUUUCAUCAGGAGAUCUGUACUUCUCCACAACUGCCGUGUGCAUCACUGAGGUCAUUAAAUUAAUACUGAGUCUGGGGAUGCUGACAAAAGAAACGGGAAGCCUCACCAGACUGAAGAACGCUUUAGUGGAACAUGUCUUCUUUAGCCCAAAAGAACUGCUGAAGCUGAGCGUGCCCUCCAUAGUGUAUGCAGUUCAGAAUAACAUGGCCUUUCUUGCCUUGAGUAACCUUGAUGCAGCGGUUUAUCAGGUCACCUAUCAGCUGAAGAUCCCGUGCACAGCCUUGUGUACAGUCCUCAUGCUGAACCGCUCUCUCAGCCGGCUGCAGUGGUUCUCUGUCUUCAUGCUCUGUGGGGGCGUAACACUCGUUCAAUGGAAGCCUGCAGAGGCCACUAAAGUUCAGAUUGAGCAAAGUCCUUUUGUUGGGUUCAUCGCCAUCGCUAUUGCUGUCAUUUGUUCUGGAUUUGCAGGUGUGUACUUUGAGAAGGUGUUGAAGAGCUCAGACACGUCUCUGUGGGUGAGAAACAUCCAGAUGUAUCUGUCCGGCAUUGUGGUCACCCUGAUUGGUGUUUUUAUGAACGAUGGCGAGAAGAUCCUGGAGAAAGGAUUCUUUUUUGGUUAUACGCCCUGGGUGUUCUUUGUAGUAUUCUUGGCCAGUGUGGGUGGUCUGUACACGUCGGUGGUGGUGAAGUACACAGACAACAUCAUGAAGGGUUUCUCUGCCGCAGCCGCCAUUGUUCUUUCAACUGUGGCGUCUGUCCUCUUGUUUGGAUUACAGAUAACACUCUCGUUUGCCUCAGGAGCCCUGCUGGUGUGUGUUUCCAUCUACUUGUAUGGACUUCCAAAGCAGGACACAUUGAAGCUGAGCCAUAAAGACACAGACACGGAAUCCAAACAGAGACUGAUCACUGUGUAAGUCAUCGGUUUGCAGAAGGAGUCUCCUUUGCUGGUAGUCCAAGUCAGCUUCAGCCAUGCUGGAGCAAAUAGCAGUAACAGGACUUUGUUACUUUUAUUUAAAUGCCUCUAUAUAUCCAUUCAAGGGUGCGUGUAAAUAUCCCAACUCAGUGUUAUGUAGGUUUUUUUUCCCCAAUCAGUAAUGAGUCUGUUUUCCACUGCAGUGUUUGUGUCAUAUGUCCAUAUCAUAGUGUGGAUUCUGAAUGUGCCCAACUCGUAGGAAAACAUACCUGAAAGAAAGAUGACUGCAUGUAUGAUGUUUAUAAUAUCUCUUCAGUGUCUUUUGUAUCACAUAUGGUUGCAUUCUGUUUUGAAAGUUAUUUUUGGAGCUUCCAUUAAUGGAAAUACAGUAAAAGCGACAUGCUCUUCAUACUACGAAUGAACUUUUCAAUUCCGUUCAACUCUUCCCUCAAACAGUGAUUAUUCAACCAUAGCUUAGUAACCUGGUGAAGAUGCUGAUUUUCUGCCUUGGACAUGCAGCUUCAGUCUCUUUUACCACACAAUGUCAUGAUUAUUCAGUUUCCAGUUUAUAUGGGUACACAUAGCUAAAACUAAUACUAACAAGACCUAAAGUAAAUUAUACCAUCAAAGGUGAUAAUUGGGGCUGGGUGAUAUGGAGAAAAUCAAAUGUCACAAUAAUUUUGAUCAAAUACCUCAAUAUUGAUACGGCAACGAUAUUGUAGUGUUGACUAUUGGUGCUUUCACAAUAUUUACACAAUAAGAUUUGAUAAAUAAUCAACAAUAAUGUGGGUAAAUGUAAACAAUAGCACAGCGAGAACAGUCUGGUGAGUUCAUAAAAUGACAUCACUUUACUUUAGCCUUUAAAACCAGGAAAAAAAUAAAACACUUAUGUCAUAUUACAAUAUAUCCAAAAUCUAGGACAAUAUCUAGUCUCUCUAGUUAUAAUGUUCAGUUUUUGUUAAAGAGAGGUUAAGAUUCAACUUGGCCCCAUUGUUAAGAACAAGACGCAUAACAUUGCCUAAGUGCAACAGCACCAGUUCUACAGCUAGACAUUUACGUCACUGAAGAUGCACAAUAGAAACUUUGACGUUUGAUAGGUUUCUGGCUGGCUGCCAUUUGCAGUAUUAAAAUAGAUAUUGGCCAACCAUGGAAUUUGUAUCUGUUGAUCAUCCAUCAGAUUUCUACAUCACAACCUCGUGACUAAGGAAUGACUUCCUUUAAUCACGAUCUGUGAGUGGCAAAUACCUGAGACAAUUGUAAGACAAGCAAAUGCUCAUAAUGAAUUUAUUUUGAAAAUGCUUUUUAUUUGCAGAAUGGUACGUACCUACAGCAGUUACAAACAAACAAACAAACAAAGUAAUUAGUUUCACAUUUUAUCAACUGGUGUGAUUCCCAGGAUCCUCAUCCCGUUGGCCAGCACUGAGCAGGCUCCACUGAACAGUCGUAACCUUGCCUGUUGACAUUUAGCAAAUCAGAAUUUUUUGGUUUAUUAUUAUUGCAAUUAACAGAUUUUUAAAUUAAGUUAAUUUACAGGCAUUCACUGAUGUUAGCUUAAUCUAAAACAAAAAAAAUCUGUAUUUGUGUUUUAGGCUUUUUUCUCCUAAAUGCAUUAAAAAGCCGAUAUUGAUAUAAUGAUACGGACGUUGGGUUACUUGUAUUUUUGUAUGUACAUCAAAAUCUGAAGGAGUGAUUAUUUUCAAAUUGCAAGACUAGCACUUUUAUAUUAUUAGCAAUGUCUUAUACUGUGAAAACUAAAUCUGUAACCACCUGUAAAUAUAAAUGUUUCCAGCAAAUGUAUUCAGCUGCAGCUAAUUAACACACAACUACAAAAUUAAAAGCUAGACUGUUGACGGGUAAAUGUGUUCGCUACAUGCCAAUGUGUGUACUGUGUAUACUCGACCAAAGAUGGCUUCCUUAAAAAGGCAGCACUGUUCUGUAUCUAAUUGAUGUAACUUGUAAAUGGACUUUUCUCCA